GCUUCCGGUUUGGUGGUCCGGCGGCGCAGGUUCCCUUCCGGUGUGAGGAAGCGGGGCAAAAAAAGUUCUCUGAAGACGUGUCAACAUGGAGGCCCCUCCUGUGACCGUGAUGCCAGUUAUUGGUGGAGCAAUCAACAUGAUGGAGUACAUUCUGCAGGGGAGUGUGCUGGACCAGAGUCUGGAAAGCCUUCUCCAUCGACUCCGCGGACUUUGCGAUAACAUGGAGCCAGAGACCUUUGUCGAUCAUGAGCUGGUCUUCCUGCUGAAAGCUCAGCAAGGAAGCCCAUUUAUUCUUCGGGCCCGGCGCGCUGUGGAUAAGCCGAACAUGCCAUGGCACCUCCGCUACCUUGGGCAGCCGGAGAUCGGCGACAAGAACAGGUCGGCGCUGGUGCGGAAUUGUGUGGACAUUGCCACAUCAGACAACUUGACCGAAUUUCUCAUUGAGAUGGGUUUCCGAAUGGACCACGAGUUUGUGGUAAAGGGACACAUCUUUCGCAAAGGGAUAAUGAAGAUCGUGGUGUCCAAAGUCUUUCGCAUUCUGCUUCCCAACAACCUGGAAAACAUUGAGCCGCUGUCGCUGUCGUACCUGGUGGAACUGAACGUGGUGGCACCUCCGGGCCAGGACGCGGUCUCGGACGACAUGAAGAAUUUUUCAGAACAGCUCAAACCUCUGGUUCAUCUGGAAAAGAUCGACCCAAAAAGAUUGCAUCAGGUGUAGUGAGAAACCCAUAGUGUGUGGGUAAGAUUGCUCAUGGGACUGAGAACUGUGCCUGUUCUGUUCACUAAACUGUAAAUAUUUUUGUAAUAAAUGUGGGAUUUGUUUUGCUUUUUUCCUUUCUUUGAUCCUAGAACAUAGAACAGUUCAGCACAGGAACAGGUCCUUCAACCCACCACGUUGUGCGAGAGUAGUUAAACUAGCAAUUAAAUGCCUAACUAAACUAAUCCCUUCUGCCUACACAAUGUCCAUAUCCCUCCAUUCUCUGCAUAGUCAA